UGCCUGGAGGAAAUGUCUAGCGGCGACGACUCCAUGUCGGCCGCCUCGUUCUGCACCGCAAGCGAGGUACCCGACUGCGAACAAAACGCGGACACGACCGCCCAGACCAGCCCGUCGCAGUGCGGCGACGCGCGCGCCAAGAGGAAAAGACAUGCUGGUGCCGACGCCGCCGCCGCGCGCGCGCCGCCGGUCAUGAGUACGAAAGAAGGGUAUCGCGACGCAAAGCUCCUCCCGCGCGAGCUGCGCGACCAGUGCAAGAUCUACCUUGAAGAGAGAAUGUAUCUCCCCGCAAUGCAGAUGCUAUGCAGCACCCUCUCCGCCGGCGGCCACCGCACCAGCCCCGCCCCGGCCUUCGUCCCGCCGCACCCGCACCUCGCCUUCCUCGCCAGCCUCGCCAUCCACCCAAAGUUCACAAACCGCCCCACGGCCUCCGACGGACAGGCCAUCGGCUCGCGGGCCAUGCAGUACCUGCAGGCGCUGCAGAGGACCGUCGGGCCCGUCAACGCCAACCUGGCCGCGGCCUUUGACUUUGAGCCCUGGCGCCAGCGGGCGCGGCGCGGCGCUGCGGCGGCGGCGUCGUCGGCGGCGGCGUUCGACUUGGAUCUGAGCGAGGAUGAGGACCUGCUCAGGGGACAGUUUGUGGAAGGCUACGUCGUCUUUGCCAAAGCGGAGAGCUUUUGGAAGCUGGCCGGCUGGGCCUUCAACUGCAGCGCGCUGCACCCGGAGCGCUGGAGGUAUUGGAGGGUGUGGUUGGAGUUUUUGGUGGACGUGCUGGAGAGGGACUACGAGGAGAGAGAGAGGUUGGACGACGAGGCGGGCAGCGAGGCGGAUAGCGAGGCAAGCGUGUCGGAUGAUGUUAGGGGUAGUACCCUAUGGCGUGAGGGCUCCUUGCUGUUUCGCUACGUGUGCAGCACCGACCGCAGAUCUGGCGAGCUCAGCAGGUCCACGGUUAAAGGGAUGUUGAGGGCCAUCUUUGCGGAUGGGACCGAGUCGUCCGUCAGGGAGUUUCCGGAGUUGUUUACGGACGAAGCAAAACCCAGGCCGACGGCAGGCUCCAAGAGGAAGAGGGGUUUGAGUACGGCUCUGGAUCUCGAGAGGGAGCAGUAUGGUGACUAUCUCGACGACGACGGACACAGCUCGUCAGAAUCGCGGCCGGCUUCUCCCAGUCGAGGACAGGUGAAACGCGUGCGUGGCGGGAAGUCAAAAUCCGCGGGUCUGGUGGAAGAUCAACCUCCAAAUGCGCAUCUAUUGGAGUCUAUAGGUUUACGCCUGCGCCUUUUUGAACUGCUCGGCGUAGCUAUUAGGGAGCGCCCGGGCCGUGCAGACGGCCUCCAGGACCUGUACAGCGACUUUUGCUUCACCCUACGAUCACUCCACCUGGACACGUUUUCCGCCUUUAUCGCCCCGUACGGCACAAGCCUCCCCCUCGACUCCCUCGUCACGAUCAUCCGCGAGACGAUAGAGCACUUCCAACCCAAAGCCGCGCCAAAGCCGUCCAGGGUCGACAAGGCGGCGGCGGAGGGCGGGUUCGUCACCCCGGCCCUGAUGGAAAAGUGCUACCUCCCCACCGUGGCGUCUGGCGGCGUCGACAACAACGCCCGGUACUCGCUCCUCGUCGAGGCCCUGCUGCGCAUCCUGUGGCAGGCCGGUCAGCUGCCGUACACGCCGGGGCUCGAGGAGGCCGCCCGGGCCGGCGUCGCGGCGCGCAAUGAUUGCAAGGGGGGCAGGGGUGCCCGCGCCAAGGAGUCGGCGAGGGACGAUGCCGCUCGUCGCGUGCUGGCCGAGUCGGGAGAUCGGCUCGAGCUGCUUAUGGAUUUCAUCCGCGACGAGGAGCAGCGGAUGGAUUGCGAGGGGGACCAGCAAGGUACGUUGCAUCCCUGCUUUUUUUUUUCCCCCCGCUUGGCAUCUCUGCGUCUUUCUGCAUGA